UCGCCGUUGAAGCAAGAGCCGCUGAGCCCCUCAAGAUCGUUCCCUAUUACAUGGAAUAUUUUUAAAAAGCUUUACAGUGCUAGAGUAUGUCGACAGCCCAUAGAUGGCAUGUACAUCGUACCAAGUGCAGAAGAUCAGUUUAGGUGGUUCGGUCUUCUAUUCGUUCGACGUGGGGUAUUUGGAGGUGGCAUUUUCCGAUUCAAUGUUAAAAUACCAUAUGAUUUUCCUAAUACAACAUCUCUGCCAGUGGUAAAAUUUGAUCUAUUCAUUUUUCAUCCAAAUAUCGAUCCUUUCCAUCGUCGGCCCGAUCUCAGCCGCUACUUCCCUGAAGGUUGGAAGAAGGACAAGCAUCAUAUCCAAAACGUCUUGCUAGUUGUACAACGUUUAUUUUUCUCAUUCGAUUUUGAGCCAGACUCAUGCGCAAAUCCAAGCGCUGCAAUAACAUGGCGCGAGGACAAGGAAAAAUCAAUGGCAAAGACCUGCGUGAAUCAAAGUCGCAUGGAGGUGUAUGAUGAACCCGAAGAUGCGAACGAUCCUAACUUUCUCCAAUACUUUCAACUAAUAACUGAAAUUUAUGCAAUCAUAAAAGGUCCUCUCGAAUGUUCCCUGCUUGGGAGAGGUGAGACUCGCAGUUCGCUGGGCAUUAUGCUUAAUGAAGUGUAA